AUGUUCAUUGCAAUCGAGAUAGGUUUCAGAUGCCUGUACGGACUGCUGUCCUUGGCGAUCAUGUGCAAGACUGUGCAGGCCAUUGUAAGGCGGAACCGAGUAUGGGCUGACAGGAGCUCAGCAUACAUGCAGCUUCUCGUGCUGACCUGUGUUAUCAAUCUCAUGCAGACGUGCGACGUGGUGUUUGAUGUCGUGUGGAUGGCGCAGGGGCCGAUGGUGCGGGGCUCAAGAUGGAUGGAUCAGUGCGGUAGCAACCAGAACUCAACCGCGAUCGACAGCCAAGCCGACUUCCUAUGCAGGAUGCAGCGAGUAGAUGCCAGCAUGAGCUACCUCAGCCUGGGCCUCCUCCUCAUCGCGUUCGUCGUCGUUGCUUUCUUCUUCCUCCGCCUCGUCCUCCGCCUGAGGCUCCCGAGCCAGGAAGGAGCGCAGCUGCAGGAGGCGCAGAGAGUGUUGAAGAUGCCGCUAUGGGUAUCUCUAGGAUGGAUAUCCCUUGUCAUGUUCUUCUCUUGUAUCGGGUCGUUUCCUCACGCCUUCUCCUGCCAAGGUGACUCCUCCUCUGCACCUGCUCCUCUGACAUCCGCCCCCUUCCCCUCAGAUCCAGCAUGGCUCGCGUUCCUCGCCUCCUUCCUCCUCAUCGCCGUCGUUCUGUUCCUGGGGAUUCUCAUUCUCCACAACGAAGGCAGGAAACGAAGACGUCCCAAUGUCCUAUGGCUCUCCCUCUUCCGCCUUGCUUGCGCCAUGUUCUUGUCCGCCAUCUUCGGCAUCCUCCAGUCCCUGGAUCACUUCCUGCGCGACAUGGACGACUGCGAUCCCUUCGACGCCUCCUACUCCUCCUCCUUCUUCGGGGACGAUGACUGGGUGGCUGCUGCUCUCCGGGGGUUGAUCUUCCUCUUCAGCAACAUGUUCAUCUUCUCUGUGCCCUCCUUCUGCUUCCUCGCAUUGUUCCACAGCUCCAUGAGGCCCACUCAGCGUGUGGAACAGCUUGCUCCUGUCCAGCACGGGAGGCAGGUGGGGGGCUCGAUGACUGAAGCUCUUAUCCGCGGACCGCACCAGAUGCUACCAGUAUGA